UCUGUAGAGACUUCUCCGGAGGAGCAGACAGCCUCUUGUGAAGGUUCAAAUGCUGCUGUUAACAUGGAAAUUUCAGAAUCUGUUGUGGAAAAUGGAGAGACAGAAAUGUCCCCGGAAGAGUCAUGGGACCACAAAGAAGAAACAAGUGAAGCAGAGCUAGGAGGUGGUCCUGCAGGGGAUGCAGGGCCUUCUGAAGAAAGCGCUCAGGAAAUGAUGGAAGAGGAGGAGGAAAUACCAAAACCGAAAUCUGUUGUAGCACCGCCAGGUGCUCCUAAAAAAGAGCAUGUAAAUGUAGUAUUCAUUGGGCACGUAGAUGCUGGCAAGUCAACUAUUGGAGGACAAAUAAUGUAUUUGACAGGAAUGGUUGACAAAAGAACACUUGAAAAAUAUGAAAGAGAAGCUAAAGAAAAAAACAGAGAAACAUGGUACCUUUCAUGGGCCUUAGACACAAACCAAGAAGAACGAGACAAAGGUAAAACAGUAGAAGUGGGUCGUGCCUAUUUUGAAACUGAGAAGAAACACUUCACUAUUCUAGAUGCUCCUGGACAUAAGAGCUUUGUUCCAAAUAUGAUUGGUGGGGCUUCUCAAGCUGAUCUUGCUGUGCUGGUUAUUUCUGCAAGAAAAGGAGAGUUUGAAACUGGAUUUGAGAAAGGUGGACAAACAAGAGAACAUGCCAUGUUAGCAAAAACAGCGGGUGUAAAACAUUUAAUAGUUCUUAUUAAUAAAAUGGAUGAUCCAACUGUAAACUGGAGUAAUGAAAGAUAUGAGGAAUGUAAAGAGAAACUGGUGCCAUUUUUGAAGAAAGUUGGCUUCAAUCCCAAAAAGGAUAUUCAUUUCAUGCCCUGCUCAGGACUGACUGGAGCAAACCUUAAAGAACAGUCAGAAUUCUGUCCUUGGUAUAUUGGAUUACCAUUUAUUCCAUACCUGGAUAAUUUGCCAAACUUCAACCGUUCAGUUGAUGGACCAAUCAGGCUGCCAAUUGUGGAUAAAUAUAAGGAUAUGGGCACUGUGGUCCUUGGGAAGCUGGAGUCGGGCUCUAUUUGCAAAGGACAACAGCUUGUGAUGAUGCCAAACAAGCACAAUGUGGAAGUUCUUGGAAUCCUUUCUGAUGAUGUAGAAACCGAUUCAGUAGCCCCAGGUGAAAAUCUGAAGAUCAGACUGAAGGGAAUUGAAGAGGAAGAGAUCCUUCCAGGAUUUAUUCUCUGUGAUCCCAACAAUCUCUGUCAUUCUGGACGCACGUUUGAUGCCCAGAUAGUGAUAAUUGAGCACAAAUCCAUUAUCUGCCCAGGUUAUAAUGCUGUGCUGCACAUUCACACCUGUAUUGAAGAAGUUGAGAUAACAGCCUUAAUCUGCUUGGUAGACAAAAAAACAGGAGAAAAAAGUAAGACACGGCCCCGUUUUGUGAAACAAGAUCAAGUAUGCAUUGCCCGUUUAAGGACAGCAGGAACUAUCUGUCUUGAGACAUUCAAAGAUUUCCCUCAGAUGGGUCGCUUUACCUUAAGAGAUGAGGGUAAGACCAUUGCAAUUGGAAAAGUUCUGAAACUGGUUCCAGAGAAGGACUAAGCAUUUUUCUCAAUGACCCCCGCACAAUACUGUGAGGAAAAUCGACUCUGCAAAAGCCUCUACUUCACACCGCCUUCUUAUUUUCUGCCCAUUGAUAAACUUCUCCCCAUAUUUUGCAAAGACAAAUUUCACAGCAAAGGUCCACAUUAUGUCAGCUUUCUCAUAUUGAGAGCUCUGCUAUGCCACUGUUGAAUUUUCCCAAAAAGAAAUUUUUUUUUCCUCCCAAAUUCUGCUUCCUUGGAAAGAUUCGGCAAUAGCUUUGUAAGUGAUGUGGACAUAAUUGCCUAUAAUUAUGAAAAUCUAAAGGAUUUUUAAUGUUUAAUUUCCCCCAGCAUAUAUAUUAAGACCUCUUUUUUCCAGGCAGAUCAUUCAGAGUGUGCGAGUGUGUGUGCACAUGUUACAAAGAUGACUACCAUGUUAAUAAACUAUUCAAUUUGAAAUCUUUUUCGGUAUUUGAAUUGCUUUUGAAUAAUGUUUUUUAUCCGGAUGUAACGCAGUUGCAUUAGCUUUUUAACUUUCCAGUAACCUAGAUAUUUGGUUACCUGGACUUUUCUAAACUCAGCCUCCCCACACACACAGUUUUAAAUGAGGCAAUUGGGCACUCAAUCAAGUUUGUAUUCAAAUAAUUAGGUUUGCCCCUUCCCUUUGUUGAAUGCAUUCUUAAAAUUAAAAAACAUUCAUGCAGAUGUGGCACCUUCAUUAGCUUUACAUUUGUUAAUAUCUUCAGCAAAUUUAGGUUGACUUAACAUCAUUACUAGACACAGUAAGUCAAUUUUGAAGGCUAGAACUACAUAUUGUGUCUUUAUAAAAAUUCAGCAUUAUUAAACUCUUAACUGCAGAAAAUGCUAACAACCAGUAAAUCAGUGAAACUUGCAAAAAUAAGAGAAUUUGUGGCAAUAGUGCCUAUUAGUAUUUAUAAGAGCUGCAUUUUGUGGAAGAACUGGGCCAAUUAAAAAGUGCCGGUUAUGUAAGUUACUCAGUUCACCCUGUCUUUAAUUUAGAGGACUGGAUAAUCCUUGCUGUUUUAAAGAUCAGUCUGAACUGAGAGGGAGAGAGACUAUUUAAAUCCGUAAGAGUUUGCACAUACUGAAAUAUGGGAGGGUCAGAAUCAAGCACAGUCUGUAAAUUUUUGCAUAUCAAAAAGCAAUGUAAGCUUAUGAGGACCAGUGAAGUUUUUCUUGAGACAUUAAAGCAAAACUGGUUCAAAAUAAAGCUUACUCAGUACAACUUGAAGGAGCUGUAUAAUAAAACCCUAUUUAGCUGCACUUUGAAAGUGGACUGUCUACAAUUGCUAUCCUGAUUCUAACAAUUAGGAUGAAGGCUAACGGAGUUUUUUUCGUUUCCCAGAGUAUUAGUAAUAAGUAUUAAAAGGUAUCUUCAGAGCUUCUUCAGAAUGUCUUAAACUAAACAUUUUCAGUUGUACAGUUGUGGCGAGCCCAUCUCCUCCCCCAAAAGUUUACAGUCUAGUGACUGUAUCUGAAUUCACAGACAACUCAAAACUGAAACAGAUUGACCUUUUUUGGUUUCUUUUGUUUUGUUUUGUUUGUUUCUUUGUAACUGUGGAACUCCCAUUCAUUUCACUUACAGCUACAUUGUAUGGACAGAAGAAGUUAUUGUCCUUCAGUUUCAUAUGACUACACUUGUAGCUACCGUAAUGCAUGGAAUUUAAAUAAAUUUUAUUAUGUCUGCAAAUCUCUGGGCUUCUAUUUUUUUGGUAAAUCAGAGUUCAAAAGUAACUUUUUUUUUUCCUACGAAGUGAACAAAACCCACAGUUCCUUGGAUCUUAAACUAAUGAAGAAAUUAAAAGCCAAGGAAACUUACUGUCUUGUUCAUAUUCUGGAUUGACUUAAGAUUUCCACAUAUCUGACUGCUUUCUUGAAGUAAGCUCGUGGAUUUGAAAUUUGCAAAGACCAUUACUGGAAAAUACUUACAGUUAGAUUCCUAAAUUGUUAGAACUUUUAAAGCUUUUUUUUAAAGCAUUGAAAUGCAUCUCAAGACUACAUGAUGCUCCAGUAGAAUUUUUCCAAUUUUAGGCAAACUUAUUGAGAGAUUCUAAAACCUCAUUAUUUUGAGGCUGGACUGAGUAUCUAUUACUAAACUGAAAAAUCAUCUGGUGGGUUGAAAUACCAGCAGAUAGAAAGUCUGAGCUUUCCCAUUACUCAUCCCAUCUAGUGCAUUUCAUUACCAUUUCCACAAAUCCAAUUAAUGUCACCUUGUCUGUAAAGGGAGGCUAAAUUAUUUCAACUUCACUAACAGAACCUACGUUAUACAAUUAAAGAUAUUGCUAACCUAUAGGAUUUUUUUAUUUGGGCAUAAAAUAUUUGCAUUCUAUAACAGACAUACUGGUAUGAAUAUGUAAGGCAUAAAUCUACACAAAUCAGCUGCAUUUUGGGUAGAAGAGCUGAAAGUACGUUAUAUUUGAAUAGUCCUCAGGUUACAUCUCAUCUUUUUCAUUUCAUCUCCAUUCUACAUUUUAUAGUCCCAUUUUUACUACUAUUGAGUACAGCUAAAUCUAGAUGAGAAAGGAGAAAAUAAGGUAAUGUGGCUUUGAAAUAAAUACUAUUUGCUGAUUCACUGAUGUAAUAAACUUUUUUAAAUGACCAUUUUGAAUACUUCCUUUUGUGAAAAUGUGGUAUGCUGCUUUGAAGGUGAAAAAAAUAAAGGAGUUGUGCAACCACAACAGUUGAAAGGAAGGAAAAAAAAAGGGGGGGGGGGAUAGAAAUUGGAUUGAAGCUACAGGAACCCUAGGAGCACUGCCAGUGUAACUGUGCUAGCAUAUGAUACUGGCAGAGUAUUCCUGGGUCCUGGCAUGGAUGUAACUCAUACCAGCAAAACUGUGAGCGUGUUUUUGCAGAAAGGAGGGAUUUGGGGGUUCCCCCCCCCCCCCAGUAUAAUGGCAUUUACAACAGUCUGUAUGUGCAGUGUGGUACUGAUGAGGAUCACACCUCUUCUCUCUGAUUGUUGGCCAAAGUUUGUAGUGUAGAUAUGGCUUAAGUGUAUAGCCAUGAUGUAACUUAUAAAAACAUAAAUUAUAAUUCUAUAAAUUAAGACCUUGUACGUCCUUGAACUGAAAGCCUUGGUAUAUGUAACAAUAAUUAAAUGUUUAAAAAAAAAAACGAAUGUGCAGCAGUACUAAUUAUUUUGCAGCAGGAAAACAAUUACUUGUUUCUGCAAGUUGCAAGAAGUAAAGCACACUAAAUGGAGGAAUGGGUACACCAAUCAGUUGACUAACAUUGCCAUCAACUACCUACUUGAAACCAUGCCAGCUACCUUGGUCAUCUUUGCAGAUAAUCGGGAACUGAUACACAAACAUGAUGGCACUGGUUUCCUGAGACACUUAUUCUGGUAGUAAAUUGUUUUCUUGAACAACAAGCUAUUGAUGAUGGUGUAAUAGUGUUUUAAGAAAAAUGGCUGCUUUAAGGAGGUUUAUCCACGGGGAUAUUUGCUGGUCAUGAGUUUUAUGCCCCUCUGCAGAUUUUUUUUCAGUGGCAUAAGAAGUCCAGUGAAAAUUGCUCAAUGAAGAACCUCUGUUUCAGACUACUUAUGGCACCAGUCCAUAUAUUAAAAACUAUGUUAAUUAUGAGAAAUGUGUUUUUAUAAGUGUUUAUUACUGAAUAUUACCUAAGAAAAAAAGAUUGUUUCAAUGUCCCAAGUAUUUGAUUCUGUAUUACUCUGGCUUUUUGGUUCUUAAUGCAGACUGUUUAAAUGAUGAUGUUAAAGCAGAUGAAAUGUACUCCAGACAAGACUGUUUUCUUCCUGAAUUGAUACUUAAAGGCUCUUACUUAUUCUGCUGUUUUUGUAUACGCUAUAGAGGAUUUGGUAAAGAAAAAUAUACCAACAAAACUGGAGUUGCUACUG